AUGACAACAUCUGUAUCCCAAGAAAACGUUGUUACAUUGGUUUCUCGUACAGGCAGAGAGUUGCAACGCUACCGGAAAGGUCGUCGUCAAGUUGUCGGAUGCAUACCAUACAGAUACAUAAGUGGUGACCAAGCUUCCUUAGGGGAAAAUGAAGAAUUAGAAGUUUUGGUAAUUAGUUCUAAGAAAGGAAAAAGGAUGCUAUUUCCUAAGGGAGGAUGGGAAAUUGACGAAUCGAAAAAAGAGGCAGCUUUGCGAGAAUCCAUGGAGGAAGCCGGAGUAAGAGGCAUUUUAGAGAGUAAACUAGGUAAGUGGAGAUUCAAGGGUAAAAACCAUGGUUCAUCAUAUGAAGGCUACAUGUUCCCUCUACAUGUUCAAGAGCAACUAGAGAUUUGGCCAGAGCAGAAUUUUCGUCAAAGAAAAUGGAUGAACGUUUCAGAAGCCAGGGAAGUUUGUCAACAGUGGUGGAUGAAAGAAGCAUUAGAGAGACUAGUAAAUCGUCUCAAGGGUCAGAAACUUGAUCAGCAUGUUAAACAAUUAGUAGUAGUAGGUUCUGUUCCAUGCACAGGAGACGCCAAUUCUGACUUGUAA